AAAGUCCGGAAGCACUCGGUGGUCAAUCCUCACGACUACGCGUACCGAAUCAACCCGACGGACGCUUGUAGGAACCGGCUCGUCGAGCUCCUCCUGUGCGUCACCGUGGCCGCGGACGAGUUCGAUGCCAGACACAGAUUCAGAGACAUCGUGCGGGACGAGUACUCGAUGUUCUGGCACCCGGACGUCCAGAUUGUGUUUCUGUUUUUCGUGGGGGUGUCCGCGUCUCGAGACGCCGAGGCCGUGCACCAGAGGAUCCAGAUGGAGGCUAAGAUGUACGGGGACAUAGUCCAAAGCGAGAUCGUCGACUCCGAAAAAAAUCUCAGCCUCAAAACGAUGUCGGUUAUCAAGUGGGUGACCAACUAUUGCCUCGCCGCGAGUUACGUGCUGAAAUCUGCAGACGACUGCGUGAUAGACAUGGCCAGUGUGUUGGCCGAACUGAACAAGGUAUCAGUGGACCAGUCGCUGUUCAUGCUGGGGAAGCUGGCCACCAAGAAGAUGAUCGAGGCCAACGAGAAGAACGAGGCGGCGGCUAUUCACUAUGCCCUGUACAAGGUUCAAGAGUACCCUUCCUAUUUAUACGGCAGUGCCAACGCCUACCCCAUAGCCGUGGCCAAGCUGCUGUACGAAGCCGCUUUGAGGUUCCCCAUAUUUUUCCUGGAGGACGUGUUUUACUCGGGUAUAUGUGCCAAUUUUGUAAGUGUGCCUCGAUUGGACAGCGGGGCCUUU